AGGUAUAUGUGGAAGAAAGGGAAAAGCCUGCGAGGGUUUGGGGUUUAGAUGUUACCUUCUCUCAAAUAAUCCAACUCAUUCCUUCCACUGAAAUGCUUCGAUUUCGAUCCGAUUGAAGAUUCAAUUUCUGUGGGCGCUGCUUCAAUCGUCAUUUCAGGAUAUUCUGCACCUGUGGGUUGGCAAAGUAGAUUACUUCCCGGAGCUAUGCAGAAUCUGCACCGUCUUAUAUCUCGUCUUUCCUCAACUUCAAUCUGCAAAAGCACGACUACGACAGGGUUUCUGGGGGAGAAGAGCAACGCCAGUUUGGGGAACAAUGGUGUUGAAGCUUGUAAGCUUAUCAGCUCCCGAUUUUUUUCUUUUCAAUCUGGUGGUGAUGGGCAAAAUGAUGGUAACAGUGGGUGGGAUAAACCUGCGGCGGGAACAUUUGGCAAUAAUGCAUCAGAUAAUUUGGGGUGGGAUUCUACAUCCUCGUGGUCGCUUGGACUGACCAAGGAGCAUUUUGAUGGGGAGGUGGUGGGGCGACGAACGAGCGGAGAUGAGACUCCCCAGUCUGCAGUCAUCUCUGGUUUGCAAGAGAUUGAGGAUAGAAUAAAGGAAUUGGAGGCAGAGAACCGGAAAAGUAAGAGAUUUGUUGAUGGAUGGGGAGAGAGAUUGAAAGAGAUAAGUGUGCUGAUGAAGCAAGUGCGUGAACCGGGUGCAAGAGGGUCUUAUCUCAAGGACUCGGAAAAGGCUGAGAUGUAUUGGUUGCACAAGGAAAACCCUGAUGUUUACACUGUUGAGCGCCUGGCCAAGGAUUAUAGGAUUAUGAGGCAGAGAGUGCAUGCCAUUCUUUGGCUGAAGGAGCUUCAGGAGGAAGAGGAGAAGAAGCUUGGUCGUCCCUUAGAUGAUUCUGUUGAGCUCCUGCUUGACAGCUUUCCUGAAUUUUUCAAUUCCCAUGACCGUGAAUUCCAUGUUGCAUCACUUCCUUACAAACCUGACUUCAAGGUUAUGCCAGAGGGUUGGGAUGGUACCACCAGAGAUUUGGAUGAAGUCCACUAUGAGAUCUCCAAGAAGGAAGAUGAGAUGCUGUAUCAAGAAUUUGUCCAGAGGAUGAACUUCAACAAAAUGAAAAUGAGAGGAGAGGUUUUCCACCACAAGUAUAGUCGUCGUCGCUCUGCAGAUGGGUGGAAUUUCACGGUGGAGAAAAUGGGACCCAAAGGAAAGCGUGGAGGUGGCGGUGGCUGGAAGUUUGUCAGCCUGCCAAAUGGUUCGAGCCGACCGCUGAAUGAAAAAGAGAAAAUGUAUGUGAAACGAGAAACUCCACGCCAUCGACGCAAGAUCCUUCCAUGAUGACAAGUCUUUGUUAUUUAGUAGAUGUUACUAUUAAGAAAAUUUUGUAGUUCAUGCAAAUCUUAUGCUUCUUAGGUGGUUCAGUGGCGAUGAUAGCAUCAUCUGUUACCACCAUUGUUCAAUGUAUACGUCUCUCAGUACCAUUUUGAACACUGUUUCUUUGCUUAGGAUUAUGGUUGAGCUAUGCACCAAGCUUUUCUUUUUCCAUCUCGAAAGACACGUCUCUGGAUUUUAGCUAAUAAAUAUAUUGGAAUCAUCAAUUCUAGCUGCA